UGAAGUCAGUCGAUUUACAUGUUGGCAUAAGUGCUGCCACACUUUUUAUUGACAUAUCGUCUGUUGUCAAAGGGAAAAAUGGUCUUGUCAAAAAAUAUGAAAAAAAUAACAAACAAUUGAUUAAUUUUAAUGUUUAAUUGGUUUUUUAAUUACUUAAAUCAUUGCCGCAAGUAAUGGAAUAUUGUGAUGUGUUCAAAUGCGUGGUGGAAGUUUGAUAAAUAACCUUAUGUGUGUGCAUAGAUCCAACUCAAACCGACAAGCAACCAUCACAAUUCCCUGUUAAUAAUAAUGAAAGCCGUCACAAACACCAUAAGCUCCUCCUGAUAAUGCUCCAAAAAUCCACAAUCUCAAACAAAUUAUUACAAAUGUACAGAAAUUUCCGUCUCUGAUGCACCAUACUGUCGACAAAUUACUUUACAUCACCCGAAGCUGCUGGUGUCACCGUGAUGAAUUCUUGUAAAAAUUUUACAAAAAAUGGAAGACGCAAAGUCUGACUGUUUUGAAAUCUGGAGGCACAGCAAAUGGAGGGACAGCGGGCCAUAAUAAUAAAAUUUCUAGGGGAAAGCAGAAACAAUAAUAUUGUAUACAUUAUUAAUUAAGUAGGGUUUAUGUGUAGUCAAUUCUUGUUCAAGCCAUAUAUAGUUACUUAUACAUCGUGCCAUAUCUGUAUAGUUGUAUGUAUAUAUUGUAUAAUUAGUAAGUCGCAUAAGUCAUUUACCAUGGCUUCGGACAGCUCAAAAUUUGCAGGAUACGCACAAUGGCGUUCUGAGGAAAGUAGGGUUUUAUUGAAUGGUGUUACCAAUGCAGGCGGGCACAGGAAUUCAUCCCUGUGCAGACAAGUCAAUGCAAAGAAAGCUUUGGUUUUAUUAGUACUUAUGUCGGCUAUCACUAUUUUGUGCUACGCACAUUACGUAAUGAAUUCACCAUUCACCAGCCUGAUACAUAGAGACACUGUACCCACACCUUUGGUGCAAUGCAGAUUAGGACUCGCCAAAAAUGAUUAUCAACAAAGCGAUCAUAGAAGUGAAGCCAGAUUAAGAAUAGACCCUAAAGUCCUAGUUUUUGUUGAAACCACCUACACGCAACUUGGCAGAGACAUCGCGGAACUUCUAGUCCACACCAGAAUCAAAUACAAAUUAGAAGUCGCCGGGAAAAGUUUACCUGUACUAACAAAUUUAGACAAGGGACGUUACGGUGUCAUUGUUUUUGAAAACAUCGAAAAGUACUUCAUGAUGGACAAGUGGAACCGCGAGCUCUUAGACAAAUAUUGCAGAGAAUACUCUGUAGGCAUCAUCGGUUUCAUGAAACCCAGUGAAGAAACUUUAGUCGGGGCACAAUUGCAAGGAUUUCCUUUAUUCAUACACACAAAUUUACGUUUACAAGAUGCGUCAUUAAAUCCUAAGUCACCUAUUUUACGUAUGGUUCGUUCUGGUGAAACGGCUUGGGGUGUACUUCCUGGUGAAGACUGGACGAUUUUCAAACCUAAUCAUUCCACGUACGAGCCUUUAGAAUGGGCAGCUAGGAACCCUAAAGAAGGUUCCACCGAACAGUUGACCACGAUAGUACAAGACCAUGGACAACUCGAUGGUAUCCAACGUGUUUUGUUUGGUUCAGGUUUUAAAUUCUGGUUGCACAAAUUAUUAUUUUUAGACUCGUUGAGUUAUCUAAGCCACGGGCAGUUGAGUUUAAGUUUGAACAGAGCGCUUUUAGUCGACGUUGAUGAUAUUUUUGUAGGCGAAAAAGGCACGAGAUUGAAGACUAAUGAUGUCCAGGCUUUACUGGACACUCAGGAACGCAUAGCAAAAAUGAUACCCAACUUUAGGUUUAAUUUAGGUUUUUCUGGGAAAUAUUUCCAUCACGGUACUUAUGAAGAAAACUUAGGCGACGACAUGAUUUUAAAAAAUGCUAAAAAGUUUAUAUGGUUCUCCCAUAUGUGGAACCACCAACAACCACACUUGUACGAUAAUUUAACAACUUUAAUGCAAGAUAUGAUACUUAACAAAGAGUUUGCUGUAGAAAAAGGGAUUCCGACUGACUCCAGAUAUUCUGUAUCCCCACAUCAUUCAGGGGUUUAUCCGGUGCAUGAGUUGUUAUACGUAGCUUGGAAAAAAGUUUGGAACAUCAAAGUUACAUCAACUGAGGAGUAUCCUCAUUUGCGACCAGCUAGGUUACGUAGAGGUUUUCAACACCGAGACAUCAUGGUUUUACCAAGACAAACUUGUGGACUUUUCACACACACAAUGUUUAUCCAAAGGUAUCCAGGAGGCAGGAAAAAACUCGAUGAGGCUAUACAAGGUGGUGAGUUAUUCCAAACAAUUGUGUACAACCCGAUAAAUAUAUUCAUGACACAUAUGUCUAACUAUGGUAGCGAUCGCUUGGCUUUGUACACUUUCGAGUCAGUUAUAAAGUUUUUGAGGUGCUGGACAAAUUUAAAAUUAAGUUCAGCUCCUCCUACACAAUUAGGGGAAGCUUACUUCCGUCAACACCCUGAUGAAAUCGAUCCAGUGUGGGGUAAUCCUUGCGAGGACCUUAGACACAUUAAAAUCUGGUCCAGGAGUAAAAGUUGUGACUCGUUACCUAGAUUUUUAGUUAUCGGACCACAAAAAACAGGCACAACAGCACUAUAUACUUUUUUGUUGAUGCAUCCGAGUAUCGCAAGCAAUCUACCAAGUUCCGAUACAUUCGAGGAGAUACAGUUUUUCAAUGCUAAUAACUACUACAAUGGUUUGGAUUGGUACAUGAACUUUUUCCCAGUGAAUUCAUCAUCGAAAUACAUGUUUGAAAAGUCUGCUACGUAUUUUGAUGGUGAUCAAGUGCCCAGACGUGCACAUGCUUUGUUGCCGAAGGCAAAAUUGAUCACAAUUUUGAUAUCACCAGCAAAACGUGCUUACUCCUGGUACCAACAUAUGAAGUCACAUAACGACCCCAUAGCUAAUAAUUAUAGUUUCUACCAAGUUAUUACAGCAAGCGAUGCUGCUCCUAAAAGUCUCAGAGACUUGAGAAAUCGGUGUUUGAAUCCUGGUAAAUACAGUCAACAUUUGGAACGAUGGCUAGCAUACUACGAUGCUCAGCAUUUACACAUCAUCGAUGGAGAGUUAUUACGUUCCAAUCCUAUAGAAGUAAUGCACGAUUUGCAGCGAUUUUUAAAAAUCACACCCAUGUACGAUUAUUCAGCUCAUCUAAAAUACGACAACAAAAAAGGAUUCUUCUGUCCCCUUACCCAAGGGAAUCACACCAAAUGUUUAGGUCGAUCUAAAGGCAGGCAAUAUCCACCAAUGGACGAUAAGACUAUGAGGCUACUCCAGAGAUAUUAUCAAACACAUAAUACAGCUUUAGUGAAAUUACUUAAAAAAUUAGGAUCGCGACCGAUUCCACAAUGGUUGAAAAAUGAUUUAUCGAUAACUACUUAAUGAGUGUCUGUUGUUACAAAUUGUUGACGAAAUGAAUUUAAGAAUUAUCUCGAUGUAUGUUGAAUUUUAUUGUAAAUGUCAAAGCAGUUGUUAUUGGACGUAAACGUUGUUCGAUAGAUCUCUUUUAAGCAUUUUUAUGAAUAAGGUACUAAGAUCAAAAAGGCAGCAUGCUUGAUCAAAAAUUAGCUUUAUUUGAAUUAAC